AUGCGCCAAUUCAGUGCCGUCGUGCUUGCUUUGAUUGCUCUCACUGCAUCUGCUUCGGCGAAUCCGUGCAACGGCCACAGCAAGGGUUACUGUUUGCGAACCAAUGGCUGCCACUGGGCUGACGGCUGCUCCGACGGCUCUUCAUGUGGCACUUCUGGAUAUUGUCUCGAUGGCGAACUGUGCGGCUGUGUGACCUGA